AUGUUAGAAGAAAUUCUUUACAUGGAACAGUUUAUAUUUCGAUAUGCCCCUUUAGGUGGCAACUGUGGCGACUUAUCGUUACCUGCGCGCCUAUCAAACACAAGGGCUCUUAUAACAGUCACGGGGAGACCAGCUAACACAAAGGAUUGUUUUGUGUGGUCCGUAGUUGCUGCUUUACACCAUGACCCAGAACUACACACCGGAUCAGUCCAUUGGACCUGCUUUGAAGAAUAUCGAACACUUUACAGAAUACCCGAGAGCAUGAAGACUGAUGAAACGGUCACAAUAGUGCAAAUACCAGACUUUGAGAAAUUAAACAAGGUCUCGGUUAAUGUGUUUGCGUACGAUCGUAAUGUGAUAUUUCCACUCUAUGUUUCAACAUUUAAGGGCGCCAGGGGUCAUGCUGACCUGCUGUUGAUAACCGUACUAAAUGAAGAGACAGGUGAUAGUUUGAAGCAUUUUUGUGCCAUUACUGACCUUGGGCGACUUGUGAGGAAACAGCAAGAAAAAACACAUAAAACAUACGUAUGCCCAAGAUGCCUAACCACCAAGUACUCCGAGUCUGAUCUACAAAAACACAAAGAACUAUGCAUGUUGGUCGAUCCGCUCCAUGUGAAAAUGCCAGAGGCAGGAGGGUCAUUUGUAGAGUUCAGAAACUACACGAAACAACUCGAAAUGCCAUUCUUAAUUGUUGCCAGAUUUGAAUGCUUCCGUCGACCAAUACUGGACCUCCGUGAACCUACAGAAGGAGUGACUGUAAGGGAAAGGUUCCACGAACCUUGUGCUCUCGCUUAUUACAGAGUCAGUGUUGAUGACAGUCAUCCAUCAAGUCCAGUUUUUUUCACGGAUGACUCUCCGGAGACAGUGAUGAACGAAUUUCUGCGAUGUAUGCAACGAGAACAGGCAGCUGCUAUGGAAAUCAUGAAAACAGUCAAACCGAUGGUGUACUGUGAUGAGGGCAUCAGAAAUAUCGAAGCUUCAAAUGAUAACUGUCAUAUAUGUGGGGAUGCUUUUGUACCUGAUCAAAAGGUGGUACUUGACCAUGAUCACAUCAGUGGAAAGAUCCGGGGAAGAGCCUGUCUUGGGUGUAACCUGAACUUUAGACUACCCAAUCACAUAGUCAUUGUCCUUAACGAUCUGUCAGCUUAUGAUGGAAGAAUCGUACUGAGCGCAGCCGGCAUACACGGCACUGCAAAUAUACGUGUCAUUCCAAAGUCAAUUGACACAUAUGCGGGCAUUAUGAUAGAUAAAUGUCGCUUCAUCGACUUUCAAAGUUUCUUUAAAGAACCUCUCGACAAUUUGAUAAAAGACUUUUGCACUGAAGAAGGGGAUCGUAACUGCCUGGAACACACUAAAAGACACUGGCCAGUUACGCCCCGACCUUCAGACCUCAUGCGCAUACCACUGUGCAGAGACUUUUUGCGCGGACCAGAAGAUCUGCAUGCAACAGCUCUACCACCUAUAGAAAUGUUCGCAGAUGAAUUAGAGGGUUCUGCUUUGUCGGAAGAGGAAUAUAAUAUUGUUUCUGACACAUGGAGCAGUCUCUCAAAUAGGUGUAUGCAAGAGCUAUUGAAAGUGGCAUUGAUAACGGACUGUCUGUUCACUAGCGAUAUCAUACAAAUCUUUAGAAAAAAUGUCCGGAAAGAUCUGAAACUCGAUCCUGUGCGAUACUUCACACUAGCAAGUUUCGCGUGGGACUGUGCCCUCCGUUACUCGGAGACGAAACUUCAACUGCAAACUUCAUUAGAGGCACACCUUAUGAUAGAAAAUGCUAUAAGGGGUGGAAUUGCAGUAACUGGUAACCCGAGAUACUCCGUGGCUAACAACAAAGAUAUGCCCGCUGGCAUGUACAACGAGACUGAAGAAACCAGUUACAUAGACUUUCUGGACUUUAAUGGUCUCUACACAUUAAUUAUGUCGUCAGCGCGCCUCCCUGCGUAUGGAUUUAGAUUUCUGACGGACUAUGAACUGGAAAGGUUUGACUUCAGUGAUAUCCCGGCUGAUAGUGACCACGGUUUCCCUAUGGCUCCAGAAAAGAUAAAUCUGUGCAAGGAAGACAUAUCACCAUACACGAUCAAUACUGCUGCGGAGGCUGGAAUAAAUCUUGACAACGUUUGCACAGAACAGCGUCUGUGUUUAACGCUAAAGGAUAAAAAGUCAUACACUCUCCAUUACCUAAAUCUUCAAUUUUACACCAAAUAUGGACUGCAGGUAACAAAAAUACACAGGGUGCUAACAUUUGUCCAGACGCCAUUCUUACAUAGUUACAUGCAGUAUUGUGGGGACAAGAGAAAAGAAGCUUUGUCACCAGUUCACAAGACUCUAUGGAAGAAUCUGUGCAAUCUCGUCUGUGGUAAAAGCUAUGAAAAUCCGAGAAAUUACAAGGACAUACGGAUUUGUAACAGUGAGAGCAGUUUGUUGAAACUGGUGGCAAAACCUUCCUUUGACUGUCUGCGCAUCCUUGACGACAAUCUGACAGCUGUACAAAUGCAUAGAACACAAGUCGUACUAAACAAACCGAUUGCCGUGGGCUUUGCUAUACUGGAGCUAUCAAAACUCUUGGUUUAUAGCUUUUAUUAUGACUUUGUUAAAAAGAAGCUAGCAAAAGAUGCCUCUGUUUCAUUCCUGGCUGGUGACACGGACAGUCUUGUUCUGAAAAUAUCUGGAGUCGGAGACCUGACAAAUAGGUAUAAAACCUACAAAAGCCUAUUCGAUUUCUCGAACUUACCACCUGGACAUCCGUUAUAUGACAAUGAAAAUAAAAUGAUCCCGGGUAAAGUGAAAUUUGAGAGACCCGGUGAAAUUGGUCUAGAGUUCAUCUCUCUGUCCCCAAAGUGCUACUCGUUAAAAACAGACAAGGGGUAUAAGCAAGCGCGGAAGGCUGUAGGCAAACUUGAGUCAGAUUCAUAA